AUGUCUCGUAGAUUUGAUCUAAAAACAGUUACUGACCUUUCCGUUUUAGUCGGAACUGGGAUAUCAUUAUAUUAUUUAAUAAGUCGCCUACUUAAUGAUGUCGAAUCAGGACCAUUAUCCGGUAAAUCAAAGGAAUCAAAGGCCAAACAGACCCUACAAUGGGAAAAGUUGGUUAAAAGGUCACCGGGAUUAGCAGAAGUAACAUUGGAUGCAUAUGAAAGGACUAUACUGUCAUCUAUCGUCACACCUGAGGAGAUAAAUAUUACGUUUCAAGAUAUUGGUGGUUUAGACCCGCUUAUUUCAGAUUUACAUGAAAGUGUUAUAUACCCGUUAAUGAUGCCUGAAGUGUAUUCUAAUAGUCCUUUGCUCCAAGCACCCAGUGGCGUCUUGUUACACGGGCCUCCAGGAUGUGGUAAAACUAUGUUGGCGAAAGCUUUGGCUAAAGAAAGUGGUGCUAACUUUAUUUCAAUAAGAAUGUCAUCUAUUAUGGACAAAUGGUAUGGUGAAUCCAACAAAAUAGUCGAUGCAAUGUUUUCAUUAGCAAACAAGUUACAACCUUGUAUAGUAUUUAUUGACGAGAUUGAUUCGUUUCUAAGAGAACGUUCUUCUACAGAUCAUGAAGUUACUGCAACUUUGAAAGCUGAGUUUAUGACUCUAUGGGAUGGUUUAUUGAAUAAUGGAAGGGUUAUGAUCAUUGGUGCUACCAAUCGGAUAAAUGACAUAGAUGAUGCAUUUUUGAGGAGAUUGCCAAAGAGAUUUCUUGUUUCGUUGCCUGGUUCUGACCAACGUUACAAAAUAUUGAGUGUUCUAUUAAAAGAUACAGCUCUUGAUGAGGACGAUUUCGAUCUACAAGUGAUUGCAGAGAAUACCAAAGGUUUUUCGGGAUCAGACCUAAAGGAGCUUUGUAGAGAAGCGGCCUUAGAUGCAGCAAAAGAAUAUAUAAAACUGAAAAGGCAACUAAUCGAUAAUGGUACAAUAGAUAUUAAUGAUACUUCUUCUCUAAAGAUAAGACCACUGAAAACGAAGGAUUUUACAAAAAAAUUACGGCUGGAUGUUGUGAACACAUUGUCAUCUCAACCUCUAGAUUAG